AUACAACAUAACGAAACAGUAACUCUUACUUUGUGAAUUUUAUAAACAAAUAUUACUUUUUAAGUUACAAAAAUAAAAACUAUUUUGCUUUUAUAAAAUGUUUCUAAAAAGUAUAUUUUUGUUACCAAGAAUUAAUUUAAAAAAUAUUAUUAGUUCCAUAUCAACAAAACCUACUCAAGAGCACAUGCAACAGUUGGUGACUUUUGACAAACUAACCGACAAAGAUGAAGGUAUUGGAGUUAUUGGACUUAAAAGACCGUGGGCUAAAAAUGCACUUAACAAACAUAUGGCGGAUCAAUUAUUAGAUACUAUAAAACAAAUAAAUUCUGAAAAUGAUAUACGUGUAGUUAUUUUAAGAAGCCUUGUUAAAGGAAUAUUUUGUGCUGGAGCAGAUCUAAAAGAACGUUUAUCAUUACAUCCUAAUGAAGUUAGGGAGAGAGUCUCAGACUUACGUAAUUUAACUAAUGCAAUAGAAAACAUACCUGUUCCUGUUAUAGCAGCUGUUGAUGGUGCCGCUUUGGGAGGUGGUUUUGAAUUGGCUUUGAGUUGCGAUUUCAUUGUUAGUUCAAAAAAUACAAUGUUUGGCUUAGUUGAAACCAGACUUGGCAUCAUCCCAGGUGCAGGUGGUACACAACGUUUAGUGCGUUCAGUCGGUGCUCCUAUAGCAAAAGAACUGAUUUACAGUGCUAGGAUUUUUAGUGCUGAGCAGGCACUACAAUAUGGAGCUGUUAACAGAGUAAGUGAACAAAAUGAACAAGGUACAAUUGCUUAUGAAGAUGCAGUUAUAAUAGCAAGAGAGAUUCUACCUAAUGGGCCAUUUGCUAUUAAGAUGGCUAAAAAAGCUAUUUUUCAUGGGCAACAAGUGGAUGCAGUAACAGGAUAUGCUAUUGAAGAAGCGUGUUAUAAUCAAGUAAUUCCUACUUCAGAUCGAACAGAGGGACUCCUAGCUUUUGUAGAAAAACGAAAGCCAAGAUAUACAGGUUCAUAAUAGUAUAAUAAAAUACGAUUGUUUUUUUAACAAAAUUGUUUUACUUUACUUUUGUAUAAUUUUUUUAUUUUAUCUACUAAUGGAUUUAAAUACAAAUAUUGAAACUACGCAAAUAAUGUAGAAUUAUUUAUUAAUGUUAUAUAAAACAGAGAAAACGACUGUUCUUUUGAGUUAUAAUUUUACAAUGAGAUUGGCAACUUGAAAGUUAUACACAAUCUUUUUUUUGUUAACUAUGUUUAGCAGCUUUUAAUUAUACUAUCUAUACUGAAUAUUUUUUUCGAUUUUAUUUUUAAUCACUCAAAAGAUAUUAUUUUAAUUAAAUGUGUUUAUUUAUUAGAACUACUUUGUAGUUGGUCACGGACAGUAGUAAGGGGAAAAGGUAUGAAGGAAACCCUAAUAAAUAAUGCUUUACUACUGUUAUCUUGUGGCUUAGAACUUUCAUAGGCAGCUCUAACUGUAUAAGAUUAAAACAAAAUUUGGAUAACUGACGAGUGACGACAGUGUUCUAUACCUCACAGGCAACAUCGAUUUAGAUAUAAAUGGAAAUACAAUAAUGGUCAUUGUCUACUGUCAACAUUGAACAUUGUCAGCGGUAUGCCCUGUUGGCCAGUGGCCAGUGGCCAUAAUGCUCUAU